AUGUCUCUUCCUAAUCAAACACCCAAAGGACAAAUCACUGGUUCAAUCACUAAACCUUCAGGAUUGAGAAGUUCUACAGUAGGUCAAGUGAAUGGAACAGGUCAAAGUAUAGAUCCAAAAUUGUUCGCACCGAAAUCGAAAGAAACUUCUUUGGAAGUUCAAAUAGGUCAGAAAAGGGAUCAAGGGCAAUUGGAAGGAAAUGAAGAUGGUGUGGAAGAGGAAGAAGAGGUGAAGAAAGAGAUUAAAGGUGGUAAAAAGAAGAAAGAUGAGAAGAAAAAAGUUUCACAUGCACGAAAGUCACCGGCCCAUAUACCCCGACCAAGGAACGCUUUUAUACUGUUCCGUAAACAUGUAGUGGAUAGUAAACUUAUUCCCGCCAGUGUGGAGAUGAGGCAUCAGAACGUUAGCAUCAUCACUGCUAAGAUGUGGGCGGAAGCUCCGGCAGAACAAAAAGCGCAUUUCAAUGAAUUGGCAAGGAUUGAGAAAGAAGAGCACAUGAUCAAAUACCCAGGAUACCGCUACCAACCCGUAUACAGACGUACAAACGUCAUUCGUCGACGUGUACGAAAAGAUCAAGCUGAAGAAGAUAAAUGUAAAUCCGUUGCUGAGUUGUUAUUACGUGGAAAAACAGGUAAAGCUCUCGAGGAAGAAAUAAGGGAAAGGAAAGUUUUAGAUGAAGAAUCUGAAGUUUCCGAGAAGAAAGACAAAUCAUCACGUAGAGGAUCAGCUUCCGAACUUUCAAAAGGUGCUCUCAGAGCUCUUCGAGCUCAAGCUCGCCAACGAACAGCUUCGGUAGAUUGGUCUGAAACAUCAGCUUCUGUCGGUUUUUCUCGUCAGGUAUCUCCUGGUGGUGAUGAUUCGUAUGCUCAGGAAGGAUGGAAUGAGCAUGGGAAUGGACAAGGACAAGAACAAUUUUAUGCACCUCCUGCUGAAUUUGGUUGGUUUUCAGAAGGGAUGCAACAAUCUUAUGCAUAUCCUCAAGAGAAUGAGCACACAUUUGAUCCUCAACCUCAACCACAUUAUUCUUAUCCUCAACCCGUAGCACCAUUCUAUCCCGGUGAAAGCAGAAUGAGAUAUCCUUCCAUUCCCGAUAUCUCUUUCUCAGUAGCUCCUGAUCUUCUCUCUCCAACCGACCCAACACCUCUCGCGGCUACAUCCCGCACGUUACGUCCCCCUUCCGCACGAUGGGAUCGUUCUUUCGGUCAAGAAUUGGAAGGAUUGUUCGAUUCGAAUGAUAUGUUAUUGGAAGAUUUCGGCGCUGCUUUAGCUCAGGCAGAAGAAGGAGUGACUGGUUGGUAG